ACGGGACAUCAGGGUCUCGAGGCUAUGGAGGCUACGAAUACCUUCAGCUGCGACAUCGACAAAGACAUCUUCGUCAGCUGAACAAGAAGACAUUAUCUACGAAAUCUAUCGCUCCAUCAAAUUGGAUCAAAGUACUUAAAUAACCUACAGCUUCUGGUGGUUUCAUACACUAAUUAGCAUCAAAACUGUUACUUGUAGAGCUUCAACCUUCAUACCCGCCACCAAGCUCACCAACAUGGCGCCCAUUACCAAAAUCGUCUCCUUGCUCAGCAGCGCAGCUCUCAUCAACGCUCUCGUUCUUCCAGAAAGCAUUCUCGAUUUUCCUAUUGCGAACGAUGCACAUGCCACUCUCUACGAUAAGAACAGUCCUCUCCCAAGUAUUUUUAAUCUCACCUUGUCCGCAAAGGCUCGCCAAACCACAAAGCCAUCCGACGAUGAAGAUGAUACUCCGCUGCCCUUGAUUAUCUGGCAUGGCCUUGGUGAUAACUACAAAGCAGAGGGACUUGCACAAGUUGGUGCAUUGGCUGAUGCUAUUCAUCCUGGAACUUUUGUUUAUAAUAUCCAUCUUGAUGAUGAUGCAUCUGCAGACAGGACGGCUACCUUCUUUGGAAAUCUCACUCGUGAGCAAAUCCUCCAGUCCCUUUAGAAAUAUCUAUACUAACCCUAGACACAAGUCCAAAUUGAGAAAGUCUGUGAAGACCUCGCCUCCCACCCUAUUCUUUCCACAGCCCCCGCUGUCGACGCAAUCGGAUUUUCCCAAGGCGGCCAAUUCCUCCGCGGUUACAUCUCCCGCUGCAACACACCUCCCAUCCGAUCGCUCCUAACUUUUGGCUCCCAACACAACGGUAUUUCAUCCUUCCAAGGCUGCGCUCCCGCCGAUUUCCUCUGUCGCGGCGCUCAAACCCUUCUCCGCGCCAAUACCUGGUCGACCUUCGUCCAAUCCCGUCUCGUACCCGCCCAAUACUUCCGCGACCCCGAAAAUCUAGAACCUUAUCUCGAAUCCUCCAAUUUCCUCGCCGACAUCAACAACGAGCGCGUAUUGAAAAACGAAACAUACAAAUCAAACAUGGAAAAAUUGGAGCGAUUCGUAAUGUACGUCUUCGAAGACGACACAACUGUAAUCCCCAAGGAAAGCGGAUGGUGGGCCGAAGUUAACGGAACGGAAAUCACACCACUGAAAGAAAGACCUAUUUAUAAAGAAGAUUGGAUAGGUUUGAAGACCCUAGAUGAGGCUGGAAAAUUGGUAUUCAAAACGAUUCCAGGAGGCCAUAUGACGUUGGGCGAGGAUAUGUUGGAGAAGGCUUUCAAGGAGUACUUUGGUCCAGCAGGAAAGAAGUUUGGCAAGAAGGAAACCGAGUGGACUGGACACGAGGAAGAAUUGUAGAGAGGCUCGAUAGUGUUAGGCUUAGGCUGUCAGAUUGAUUUCUUGUAGGAUUGCAACAGGAUUAUGGAGCCGGCGACGGACGUUAUUUGUAGUUUUAGAUACUGGGCGUAGGUUUACGGGAAGGGGGGCGUUUACUUCUACGGUUUUGCUUGAAAGAUUGACUAAUUAUCAGGAUAAUAAAUAGUAUGUUAAACACCAGAAUGAGAGUUUUCUUUUUCGC